GAUAGAGAAGUUUAUCGUAGAAUCGAAUAGAACAGUCGUCUUGUUGAUAUCUUAAGCAACGUUGUGUAUUACCUUACUGAAUAAUAUGAGAUUUAUAAUUAAUGUCUCAUUACUGAAAUACGUGACUCUAAAGUUUGCUUGUUUCAUUUUUCAUUUUACAUGUUUAAAUGCAGAUAUUGGAGAUUUCAGUCAACUGCGUACGUUAGAAAAUGGAUUUUGGAAUGUUCGUGUCCCUUUCCGUAUGGUUGGAGUGGAAAUCGGAACACACAUGUCUAUCAUACGAUUACAGAACGGACGUUUUUUAAUUAUUGACACUGUUGCAAUGAAUGAUGAAUUGAAACACGAAUUUAACCAGCUCACUUCUAACGGAAGCAAUAUUGAGGCGGUCGUUGCUGUACAUCCAUUUCACACAUUGGCUUACUCUGCCUUCCAUAAACUAUAUCCGAAUGUUAAAUACUACGGAACGCCCAGACAUUUGAGAAAAAUAUCUGAAAUACAUUGGGCAGGUCAACUAGAUGCCGAUGAAAACAAAGAAUUGCUAUCGAAAUGGGCUCCUGAAGUCGAACUUCGCAUUCCAGACGGAGCUGAAUAUUAUAAUCCUCGGCCAGAAGCUAUAAAUCACUUUGUUAGCGUGUUCGUUUAUCAUAGUAAAUCCAAAACACUUCACGUCGAUGAUACCUUAAUCUACAUCGAAACCUCUAUUUGGCCAAUUAAUUUAUUAUUGCAGCCAGGAUCGCUAAUAUUCCAUCCAUCACUGAUAAUCGGACUGAAACCCGAUGCCGAAGCUCCGCUACAAUUCCACAAGUGGAUGAAUCAGAUAUUAAAAGACUGGAACAUAGAAAACUUGUGUACUGCUCAUGUCGGUGUUAAGGUUGGAGGAGCACAAUCUGCGAUUCAAAAGUUAGUUAAUGAUUCUGAGGUAUUGUUCCAGGGCAUCAGUGAACUUCAUAGUAGAAGUAGAUUGUUUUCUUUUCUUGUUGAUAAGUUUUCCGAACCAUUUGGUCAGAUUGUAGAGUAUUUGUCGGCGAUAAUAAGUUGAAUAAAACGCAGAUGAUAAUGAGAAGAUUUUGUUUUGAAGUGAGUAACAACCAAUAUCAAAUUGCAUAAUUAACCUUGAGGUCACCUAGGCAUGUAUUAAUUUGUAUACGAUGUUAUCGCAUCAUUUACUUCAUUUAAUAGAUGAAAAGGCCGACU